UAAUGAUUAAUUGAGGAUAAUAAAAGGGUUAAGUUAACCGUAUGACAGCUAAUUUGUACAGUUAAUUAGACUAUAGGGUACCAUACUUAUUACCUUGCCUCUCUCCAGAAACUACCAUUGCAAGUCUUAUCCUGUGGCGGUGGCGCCAUGGCCGAUCGUUUCUUUCCUAACGAAAUGCCAAACUUCGUAGCCGAGACAGCUGUUGGGGAAACUUCCUCUCAAGGAGCAAGAGACUCACUAACGAAUCUCCUAUCUCUUCCGUACCCAACCUUAUCUGCAAAGCUCCAAAAAGCAGCCUUGGACUUGAAAGAAUCAGUCGUGAGAGAGACAUGGGGUUCGAGUGGGAAACGCGUGAAGGAUUAUACACUGUACACGGGGGCUCUUGGGACAGCGUACCUGCUUUUUAAAUCUUAUCAAGUUACGAAGAAUGGCAAUGAUCUUAAUUUAUGCUCACAGAUCAUUAAGGCAUGUGAUUCUGCUUCUAUAAAUUCUAGCCAAAUCACAUUCUUAUGUGGGCGUGCUGGUGUUUGUGCUCUUGGUGCUGUCAUAGCUAAGCAUAGUGGGGAUGAACGACUCCUUAACAAUUACUUAGGACAAUUCAAAAAGAUCAGACUACGUCAUGAUUUGCCCUAUGAGCUAUUGUAUGGCCGAGCAGGGUAUUUAUGGGCUUCUUCAUUCUUAAACAAGCAUAUUGGUAAAGAUACAAUACCUACUACCGACAUGAGAUCAAUUGUGGAUGAAGUUAUUGCUGCUGGAAGACAAUUGGCCUGCAGUGGAAGAUGUCCUCUGAUGUACGAAUGGCAUGGGAAGAAAUACUGGGGUGCUGCCCAUGGGCUAGCAGGAAUAAUGUAUGUUUUAAUGGAUUUGGAACUAAAGCCAGAAGAGGUAGAAGAUGUCAAGGGUACACUACGAUACAUGACUAAAAAUCGUUGCCCUAGUGGCAAUUAUCGCUCAAGUGAAGAAAACAACUCUGACCGCCUUGUGCAUUGGUGUCAUGGUGCUCCAGGAAUCGCUCUUACUCUUGUAAAAGCCGCCGAGGUUUUUGGGGACAAGGAAUUUGUGCAGGCAGCAACAGAUGCAGCGGAAGUAGUAUGGAAUAGGGGUCUGCUUAAGCGAGUUGGGAUCUGCCAUGGCAUCAGCGGGAACACCUACAUCUUUCUUUCUCUGUACCGGUUAACUGGGAACCCAGAGUACUUGUACAGGGCUAAAGCUUUUGCUUGCUUUCUACUUGAUAGAGCGCAAAGAUUGAUCUUGGAAGGAAAGAUGCAUGGAGGAGAUCGCCCUUAUUCGUUGUUUGAAGGUCUUGGAGGAAUGGCUUGUAUGUUUCUUGACAUGAUCGAUCCUAAAGUGGCGAAAUUCCCAGCCUAUGAACUCUGAGUUUCUUCAUGCUUGUGUACAUUGCUUGUUGAAAAGCUCAACACGAGAUAAAGCCUUUGAGGUUGAUGAAGACGUGUACUCUGACGAACUCUAUAAAUAUAAGAAGAAUCUGUAACUUA